UUCCACUGCUAGAUUCCGCAAACGCUCCCAACGGCAAAAGAGGGUCCCAGCUGCUGUAGCCUACUACGUCAAGAGUUUACUGUUAGAGUAGGCUAUACAAUAUUUAUUAACGUACAGCUACUGUAGGAUGGGAUAAAGAAAAUGCUGUAAAGUACCGUCGCGAUGCAAUGAGCUGUUAGUCGUUAAAAUCAAAAGUGAAAGUGAGGUUGUGUUUUUACACUUUGUCUUGUUGAGGCUAAUUAACAACUCGGAAUUUAAAGAAACACGCAAACUGAACUCUUUAAUGAUGCUGGUCAUUUUGUUUGGCUACUUCCUGACGGGCGUUUGUGGUGAUGGGGUUGCAGAUGUUGUACUUUCCUGCACCCUUGUGGAGGAAGGAGUCGGACUGGGUGGAAUGGGAGGUGGCGCAGUCUUCACACGUACUCCAGCCACUCUUGUCUUAAGAGAUGUCGCAGUGGCUCCUGACGAAUCACUUGAAACCCUCACUCCGUACGUCCCGCCUUCAAUCCCUGACCCAGAUGCCAUCGUAUUAGAAGCCAAAGUGUCAUCACCUGAGAUCCCCAAUGCUCAUGUGUUGCUCCAUGCCGACUGCAAUGAACAGGAGGUGAUGUGCGAAAUAAGCCGUUACUCUAUUCGUGGAUCCCAGGAAAGUUCAGAACCAGCUUAUUUCAUGGUUUCGCUUAAUGUGGAGGAAGUUGAGUUCAGCACUGCGUUGAUUCUGCAGACUUUGACGGUAAAAAGGGACCAGUCAACCCUCAUACAGAAAAAACUGGGUCUGCCUCUUAGCCAGUCGGGAACCCUCACGACUGAAGUGAUAUUUCUGGUGUUUUCUCACAUAAAGUCUGUAACUGCGUCUCUGAGAGGCGAUGUUCUCCUAAACUGUGGCUUUAAGCAACAGGAGAUACCUUUAGCGCAGGACGUGAGCGUUGAAUGGCGACUGCAGCACAGGGGAAAAGGGUGGAAAGUGCUUGAAAUGAAGACGAGGCUGGAUGAUGCAGAAAGGAGUACAGUGGUGCAUGCAGAAAGGAGGGGCUCAAGCGUGGAUGCCGCCCAGGUUGUGGGUGAGGGUAACGCCUCUUUGACUCUGACCAAGCUUAAGGUUGUGGAUGAGGGGACCUACAUCUGUACUGUCAGCAUUGACCUUUUCCAUGCCCAGCAGGUCAUUCAUCUCAACAUUAUUCAACCCCCUCAUGUUUCACUCUCAGAGGAGAGGUUGAUUUUGAAGAGCGAGUCACCUCAGACGCUGAUCUGCCAUUGCACUAAAUACUAUCCACUGGAUGCUCAGAUGGAGUGGUUAUCUCUCUCUCCUACAGACACAGAGCCAACAGUGCUUCCAGAAGGCUCUCUGUCCAGCCAUCGGCAGCAUGGUGAUGGCACUUAUUCCCUGUCAUCUCACCUCACUGUGCACUCCAGUAUCUCCCCUGGAACUAAAAUCACUUGCAGGGUGUCCCACCCGGCCCUGGACGCUCCUCUCUCAGUCAGUCUUGUGGUAGAAAGUCCAGAACCAGGUUCCUAUUGGUGGGUUCUGGGUUUCCUGAUCAUCACUGGGCUUUUCUUCUACCAGGUCAUGAGAUAAGUUAGUAUUGGUAGAUCAUCUAGUAGAUACUCCUAACUUGAAUCUGAGCCCAGAGAGACCUCCUUUGUGUCAUAUGUGAGUCUAUUAAUUAGUACUGAUUUCAUUAGCCGCUAUCACUGGUUGUUUUUAACUUUGCUAGGUUUCUACUGAACCUAUUUUUUUUCAAGAUAUUAUAGUUUGGGAAAGGUUUUCUUCUUCCAUAGUAUUCCAUAAAAGGUGUUCAUUUUCUUUAAAUGUAGCCUAUGUUUUUAUUGCUUGUUUUUGUGUGUGAUGUCCAUAUUGUUACUAUUUUUGCAAUUUACUUUUCACAGUGAAGGAUUUUGUGACUCAGCAUCAUUGUUUACUGUAUUUGACUUUAUCAAUGUCAGUAGGUUUUUUGUACAUCUGGAAACUGAUUACAGCUCACGUUAAUAAAUCAUGAAUCUGUACAUAGUAAAAAGAAAGCAGAAAAACAUUUUCUAACAAGGUAUAAUGUGGCUCAAUGUGUCAAAAAUAUAACAAAGGUUAGCACUCAGUUCUUUUGAUGAUUUCUUUAUUGGCAUCAGCAAAAGUGGUAAGCAUGCAUUUGUUUUCGCAAAUCCAUUUGCAUCAUCUCACUGCAUUUCCAAGUUGUAAAUCACAAAACAUUUUCUCAUAUCUUUUAUGGUGAUAAUUAUCUAAUAAUAUUGCUGCACAAUAUCAUCAGACAAUUACAACUAACUGCUACAUAUAUACAUCUCAAUUUUAUCAACCCUCAAAAUCAGUCCGAAGAAAGGAAAAUAAGCUUUUCUUUUAUAUCGAACACCCCCCACUCCCCCCGAAAAAAAACCCUGAAAGAAUUUGUAAACACAUUUUCAGGAUCAUAAUCUCACCUAUGUGUACUAUUGUUAUAUCCACUACAUGUUUUUAACAGUUCAUUAUAGUAGCAUUUGUUUGCCAUCUCUGAAUAUGUUUUAUCUCAAAAGCAACUGAAAUUAACAGCAUUUGGCAAACUCUUCGCAUCAUUGCAUUGCAUAAGCAGUAAUUAUCAGAACAGAAAGACGUUAUACAAGUCGUUUAAACCACUAACCAAAUAAAAUGUACAAUCGGCAGUUAGAUUCAGAAAUGGCAGAUACACAGAUCACACGAAUAGGCAAAAUUAUGGACACGGUUUGCCAUGCAAGUUAGAAACCAACACCUCGUUUUGGUAAUUACCAUACUGCAGGUGACAGGGGAGUCUGUUUUAAUGUGACUGAUGGGAAUGGGAGAGACAGUUGGCUAUGUGUUUCUAAAUCAUGUCCUUUCUCCCAUUUUCCUGCUUUUUGAGGCUCAGGCUAACUUAAACAACAAUCAAACAGACACUUUGUCUGCACAACUUCCAAAACAAGUUAUAGUUUACAAUAAAUGUGAUGUUCCACAUUCAUCUGUCUAUGGCUGUGACUCUGUUCAAGUCAGAGUUAAGAGACCUUCCUCCGGGUCAGUUCACGUGUAGAUUGUCUGUUAGUGGCUGUUUGUUUUGCUGUGCAUAUCACUAUGCCACUAAGCAUAACACUUCUAUUUUGGCCCCACCUGUGGUAUGAAAGCCAUUGUAAAAUGAAGCAUAGUUAUAUGACUACUUUAUCAAUAAUUGCUUGUCAAAAUUAGCAUUUAGGAAGUUUGUCUUAUUAAUACCAGGAAAGAAUGCUUACUAUUUUUCCGUGACUCACGUUUUCCAUUCCUUAUACUCGCACAGUUUCUUUCCCUUUUUCUUUUCUUUUCAUUACUGAACGUUGCAGAAAGUUAGACAGGAAAGGAAACAAACAAGUUCUUAAUAAUAAAAGCCUAUCAGCUAAACUUGGAAAAAGCUACUGGCUACAAUGCUUUGGAUCACCAAUACACCCACAC